UUUAUAAGCCUUGUUCCAUAUUAUUUAUGGAAUAAGGCUUAUGGAACAAAUGGUUUUUGUCAAAACAUAAGUGCAUGUUCAUUGAUAUUGUGAGCUUUUUGGUUCUUAAAAAUUGAAAAUCUUGUUAAAGAGAUAAAAUUCCUUAAUUAAUUAUUUUUUCCCUAAUCACGUUGUUGUCACAGGAAAUUAUCUAGAUAGUUAUCUUCGUAUAAUAAAAGAUAUUAAACAAUAUUUUCAAUAACUUCCCUGAAUUAGCACUAUAGUUAAAAUAUAAUUAACACGUUACUUGCUUUGUAAAUACACAUACCAUCAUUUUCUUUCUUAUAUUGGUACAUAAACGUGAUAGAUUUUCAAUGUUGGUAUACAAAAAAAGUGUUGCAAGUAAAACACCUCUUCAAACUUUUUGGGGAGGACAAUAAUAUUAUCUAGGAAAAACAUAAAUCCACAUAACAUUUUACGAAAUAAAAAUAUAAUUUUGAAAUAGCUUUAUUAUAUCCAAUAUAAACAGAAAUGGGGUAAAAUAUUUUUUUUUCGUUGUCAUAAUGUAUACUAUAAACAUCGAUAUAAAAAUAAAAACAAGUUAUCAAAGGUCGCCUCUAAAAAUUAUAGAACAUGGCAAAAACUAUGUUUAGCUUACAUCGCUAAAAGCAUAUUAUUUUUAUUAAGAUAAAUAUGCUCAUUUGACCCAUGUAUUGUUAAAUGUAUACUCCUUUAGGGAUUUGAAAUACAUGUUAACAUAUGCAAUGAUUUUUUUUGUUUCAAUAAUUAAAGAUCGCUUUGUAUUUUUAUAUACACGGCAUUUAUAAAUAAAAUAUUUUCCCCUUUAUAAAAUUGACCUGACCACGCCUGCUUGCUGCUGGUGGUACCUAAUUUCCAAUAUGGCAACAUUUUAAAAAAGAAAGUGGUGAGGUGAAAGAUGAAUUUACGAGAAUAGGUCGCGCAAGUCGCAUAGAUUUUUGGUUGAUUUCCUUUUCACUUUGCUUUCGUAUUCUACAUAAGAUCUAAUAAACUGAAGUUAAUUUGUGUUCUUGACCAUAAUUUGAUUCACCGCGUUAGGUGCCGUGGCACCGAAAACAGGAUAAGUACAAUAGUGAACAGCAUCUUAUUGAUUUUCUUACCUUGCAUAUGCUUUCAACCAACGCGAAGUUGUGUUAUUAUAUAUAUCGGAGAAUAUAUAGUCUAAUUGGAAUUUGUUACAAUUAAAACAAUAAUCCGCAUAUCUGGUGACAUUUUUCCUAUUUCGGUGUUAUCGAAAAUAAGCGAAAAUGAUGGCUAACUCACUUGACACAGUAAACGCGAACCAGCCUACGCAAAAUGGUAGCAAGGUUCAACCUAGCAAUAACGAAUCAAAGACUAAUCUUAUAGUUAACUAUUUACCACAAACGAUGACCCAAGAAGAGAUACGGUCGCUGUUCUCAAGCGUCGGCGAAGUAGAAAGUUGCAAGUUGAUUAGGGACAAAGUAACAGUGUUUCCUGAUCACAUUCUUAAUGGGCAGAGCCUAGGCUACGCUUUCGUCAAUUAUCAUAAAGCUGAGGAUGCGGAGAAAGCAGUGAACACGUUAAAUGGGUUGAGGCUGCAGAAUAAAAUCAUCAAAGUGUCGUACGCCCGACCGAGUUCCGAUGCGAUUAAAGGCGCUAACCUUUAUGUUUCUGGUCUCCCGAAACACAUGACACAGCAAGAACUAGAGAAGCUCUUCAGCCCCUUUGGAACAAUAAUUAGUUCACGCAUACUUCAUGAGAAUGUGAAUGUUGGUCACUUAUUGCAAGUCGGAGGAGAGGAGCAGUCCAUACAAGGCCCUUCCAGAGGUGUGGCGUUCAUCCGCUACGAUCAACGGUGUGAGGCAGAGGCAGCAAUACGUGAGUUGAAUGGUACUAUACCUCCAGGUGGUACAGGUCCCAUAACUGUCAAGUGUGCCAACAAUCCCAGCAACCAGAACAAGGCCCUGGCCCCCUUAGCAGCAUACUUGGCACCCACAGCUGGACGGCGAUUUGUAGGGCCUGCUGGUAAAGCAUUACUGGCUAUCAACAAGGGCCUCCAAAGAUUCUCUCCUUUAGCUGAUCCUCUUAUUCAAGGUAAUGCAUUAGGUGGUUCAGGUUGGUGUAUCUUUGUCUAUAACAUCGGAGCUGAUACUGAAGAAAGCAUUCUUUGGCAGCUCUUUGGCCCAUUUGGUGCCGUCCAAAGUGUUAAAAUUAUAAGAGAUCCCACAACCAACAAAUGUAAAGGCUAUGGUUUUGUAACUAUGACUAACUACGAUGAAGCCGUAGUGGCAAUCCAAUCUUUGAAUGGAUACUCACUGAAUGGCCAAGUGCUGCAGGUCAGCUUCAAAACGAACAAGAGUAAAUCUUAAGUUAAUCAAAAUCUAGUCAAUAAAUUUUAUAGCUAAUACAAAAAAAUGUUGAUCAUUAAGCGGUCGUGGUUUUGCAUCAAUAUUGAUUAAUCUUAGAACUGAGUAGUGAAUAUUACUGAUGCAAAUCAUUGACAUAACAGUUUGAACCAGUGUUCAUUGCAAGCAAGUACAAAUAAUACACGCAACCGAAUCUGUCAUUAAAGAUAACAAAGUCACAAAAAUGUUAAUGACCGAAUUCAAUAUCCAUGUGAUACUAUGCUGUGAAGUGUGUUUAUCCAGUACCAUGAAAUACAACCAAUGAUCUAAGAAUGACUUUAUGUCACAAGUUUGUAUUAUUUAGAUUGGACUGCUCAGAGGCUAGCCUAAUGUGGAUAUUUUAGUAUUAGAAUGACAUCACAUUAUAAUUACAGCAUUUAUAAGAAACUUUGCCAACUGCAAAUUUUCACAUGCAGUUCAAAUGAUCUUGGAAAGAUUUUAAGAAUAGCUAUUCUGAAAUGGGGUUGACACAUUUCUACUUUUAUAUACCAUAAAAGUUGCUUCACAAUGCAUUGCAAAUGAUAUAUUUUUCUUUUAUACAAAAUGACAAGGAAGCUAUUCAAAUAUCAGAUUAAUAUGGAUUUAUGUUAAGAUAAAUGAUACUUAAUAAUCUUUAUUUUUACAACAAUGUAUAAUUUGUGAAUGAAAAACUUUUAAUUACUACAUAUAUGAUCAGUCAUAUUUUUUAUUUUAUGUGAUUGAGAGCAAUCAUAUGAAAAUACAGAAUUCGGUACCUUUCUAAUAACAUUCAACAUUAAUUGUUGUGAUUUGUAUUUUUAUAAGAUUAAUAUUAUCUGAACUUAAAACUGAUAAUGCCAACAUGAGUCUAGUAGUACUGCAGGCAAUAAUGAUCUAAAUCUUAUGACAGUGCAAUAUUAUACUAUUUACUUAAAGUAAAAGUAUGUAUAUAAAAGAUACAUAAUAUUUAUAAAAAUGCCUGUGCAAUUUGCCCAAACUACCUGUGUCAUCUUUUUAGAUGUUGCAAUAAUAAUAUAAUUAAAAAAGAAAUCAAUUAUUUAUUCAUUCACAUUAAGUUUUUGCACCUACCAAAGAUAACAGAAACAAUAUUAUGACUGAAUAAUAAUUCACAUAAUAAGUAAAGACUUUUGUAUAAAAUUUUAAUCUAACAUUUCCAUAGGUACAUGUUUACAUUAACAUAAUUAGGGAAAUGAUGAUUUAAUUUCAUCAAUGUAAUAUUGAUGUAACUGACAAAAUAAUUCCAAUAAUGACAAAAUGCACAAAAAUGUUAUAAUUAAAUGAAUAAUUAUAUAUUAGAACCUUAAAUAAUCAUUUUAUAUUAACUAUUCGUGUUGUAAUGUCUCAUCCAUGUUAUUUAUUUCUCAUUAAUGAUAAAAUAAUGAUAAGAAAAUUUGAUCUUUGGCUAAUGCAACAUAGAAAUUUUAAUCAAAAUUAUGAAGUGUAAGGACCAUGACAUAACAACUAAUUAGUUAUUGAUCAACAUUUUAUUCGACAAAAUUUUGUAAUUGUGUCUGGAUACAUGUAUCUGAUAUAUGACUAGUGUAAUUAGUGAAAGUCAAAUUGAAAACUUUUAGAUAUCAAUCAUAAAAAUUAGGGUGACUAAAUUGGAUAACUUUUAUGAAUCACCAUUUUUUAUAUAAAAAAGAAGUACAUUUUUAUGAUAAAUGACAGUUUGACUUUCACAAUAUGAUAUUGUCUCUCUAAUUAUUAAUUUGUAUAAUCAUAUCUAUUUAUUAUUAAAUUUAAGUAACUUUUCAAUUCAUUGUAAUUUAUUAUAAUCAUAAUAGAUAUAUAGAUUUCAUUUGAUGUUAUAAUUAAUAUAUUGAACAUUUAGUGUAAGUUCAAAAUUAGUUGGAUCAACAUUACCUUACUCAACAAUGAACAUAUGCCUAUCUGAUUAUUUGUAUUAUUCCAGAUAUUUAGUAGGUUGUGUAACUUACAUUCAUAGCUAAAUAUUCAUAGAUAAAAUGCAUAUCAUGAACAUACGUGCUAAGAUUCUCUAAUAAAGAGAGCUUAUAUGAUGCAUUUUGUAAUAAGUACCUACCUAUGUUUAAUUUCUAUGAUACUGAUAAGGAUAAUAUGUUUCAUUAAGAUUAAUUAUUAUUAUUUAUUAAAAGUACUUAACUUUGCAAAACUAGUCAGUUAUAAUUUUGCGCAAGAUUUAAACUUUUUAAGUAACUACACAUAAGUAUUUAUAAAACUGUGUUCUCUAAUUUAAAUGUAGACAUUUAGAUAUUUGAGUUUAAAUUAUGUUGGUGUGGUGUUCAGUUAAUAACAUAAAUGUAAUGUACCAUUGUAUAGUACACAAUACAUACUACAUAACGAAAUAUAUAGAUGGUGUGUAUCGAAACUAGUCAAAGGGUAAAAUUGUACCUCAGGAAGAUGGCUCUGAAUUUCUUUGUCUGUAUUUGUCUGGCGCGUUAUUAAUUCUAUACCUACAAGGUGCUAAUAUUUAGUCGGCGUUCUUUGCUCAAUGCUAAGGUUUUUUAGUAUACACUGUGAUUUUUUAAUUGCUAUAGGAAAUUCACUAUUACAUUUAGACAUAUUGAAUAAGUAAAAAUAUUGAAUUAUACAAAUCGUACAACUAAAACCUAUAGAAGCAUCAGCUGCGUGCGUUGCUAUUGAACUUAUGAAUGCUUACGUCUUUUCAGCGGGUAAAAAAAUAUUACGAAAAUGAUGUGUGUACACGUCUGAUUUUUUUACAAGCUAAGUUUGAAAUCUAUUAAAAUAUUGUUAAUAGAAGUCCUAUGAUUGAAUGUUCUCUGACAAUUAAAAAGUCAAGGUGUGUAUACCUUUAAUGAUACAGGCUGUCCUGUUACUUUUAUUAUAAAUAACCUCCUUGAAUUAAUUGGAGAUUUCCAUUAUAUAUAAGAGUCCAGAACAAGUAAAUAUGGCACGAAAUAUUCAGAGCUUCCUGGUGCUUUACCAUGGAAUUUUUAACGCGAUCCAAUUGCAGGGAUAAUGUAGGUGCAUCAGUAAAUCGAUUUACUUCAGUGACUGCUUUUUGAUCGCAUUUGUAGAGAUCAUGGUAAGGCCCCGGUCCAUUGUGUUUUGUCGUCCCAGAAACGUAUGCGAUCCUCCCAGAAAAUAACAUUUUGACACCAACGCACACCUGUCCCCUUUAAAACGUUUUGUUUGCAUUAGUACCUAUUUUUGUGUUUCUAAGAUGUGGUAUAAUUUUUGUGUUAACUUCAGUUAUUUAAAAAAAAAACUAACAUUUGGAAUCUUUAGUGUUACUUAUUUAACCACACUUAGUGAUUUGAUUUUAAUUAUUAUUAUUUUGUUUGUUUUUACUUUUGGGCAGGUUUGGGUAUUGUAAGGGUUUGGCCUAGGAUGUAGCUAGAGAUAUAUAAGACAGAGUACAAAUUGCCGAUAUAAUUGUAUGAAGAUAAUGUUUGGCUUACUUACAUUUAAUUUUGAAAUAAUGUCAACGAAUGUAAUCUGGUAGGAAAUAUUGAUAGACAUUAAAUAUUGACAUUAGCAAUAAUAUACCUAAACUAAUCUUUUAUUUAUAAACUCCUUAAUUAGCUUAUCUAUUUUAGAGAUAAUAAUUUAACCCCUUUAAAUAUCUACAAAACGAUUCAGAAAAAAAUUCAGCACAGGAACGAGAAUUUAGAGUAAAUGCCUUUUAAUGUUUCUUAGAAGAUAGGUAGUAGGAUUAAACUUAUUGAUUUUUAUUAUUAUGGAGGCCAUAGCAACUGUUUUCUAUGAAAAUUCCAAAUGUCUCAUCCCUUUAACAAAGAAAAUAAGACUCUUGUGACAAACAAACCGACUGAUUUAGAACGGUGUUGUAUUGUUAGGUCUUUCGAUACCUUUUGGGUACAGUUGUUAUAUUUAUAAAAUAAAUAAAAAAUUAUAAUAUCCCAUCUUGAUUGAGCCCAAGUUAGACUCUGUUUCAUUUCUGUCAGCUAAACGGAAAUUUCGAUUCUCCGAGAGUGGUACACAAAUAUAGCAUAGGUUUAGAACGCGUUGACUUUUGGCGUUAUAAAGCAAAGCAAAUCCAUGACAAAAAUCUUAAAUAUAUCGUUCAAUCAUGCGGUAUACUAACAAUAAAAUAUUAAAUAUAAUAGUAUGCUAGUUAAGUCAAUAGGUUGUUUCAGUAUUAAUUCGUCAUUUCGGAAUUUCUUCACUUUCCCGAUUACCCCUAAAGCAUUUUGUCGCUUUAAUAUAUGCUUCCUUGGCCUGUACAAAAAAUUACUAAAUUCCAAUUGAUUUUGUACAGAAUCAGAACGUCUGGAUAAGCUAUAUUAAAAAUGUGAAAAAUAUUUCAUAUUUCUGUGUCACAGUCAAACCGUGAAUUCAUAAAAUUUCAAUGUUCAUCAUUUGUCUUCUUAAAUUAUAGAUUUUUUUAUACAGGAAAAUUGAUAAUUAAACAAGUAAUUUUGUAACCAAGGGCAAAAAUCGUAAUAUUUGACUCGCAAUACACCAACCGUUCUUUGUCCCUGUCUAUCUUAUUAACGGGAUAUCUUGUUUUCUCUUUUGUCUCGACGCCCAGCGAACGACUUAAACAUGCAUAAGAUGAUAAUUUUAUAUCUUUAACUACUUUUCAAACGUUUUU